CGUUUCCAAGGGUUGACUGACUUGCUGAUGUCACUGAGAAGGAGGAGGAAAGAGAGGACAGGUGCCUAAAGUUACCUCGGUAGUAGCGUUGGAGGUACUGCGAGCUGUCAUCCGUAUUGGAACUAGCCAACAGCUGAUCGCGCAAAAGUUUCAACGCGGGCUUUUCGCGCUCUUUUCCUCCUAACUUGUUUUACCAAGGGGUCGUGCGCCUCGACGCAGCGCCAGAGUGAAGCAAGACGCUGCUACUGUUUGUUUACGCACAUUACUUUGAACUGGACCGUGGGAUACAGACGGUCUAAACAUCAGUGGAGACAUUUUGGGGUUUCAAUGCGGCACUUACGCACGGACACGCAUCCCAAGCACUGACCGGAGAUGCUCUGAAGACUGGGAACAAUAUUGAUUAGGAUUAACGCAUUUUGGAGUUAUGAUUUUAUGGUGAGACUACUGGAUUACAUAGGAGAACUACUUUUACGCGCUAAACCAUGUCCAAAACGCUAAAGAAAAAGAAACACUGGUCUACUAAGAUCCAGGAAUGCACCGUGUCUUGGGGAGGAUCGGGGGAGCUCAUGACCGUGGUGGAGGUGCGAGGAGGCGCAGAGCUCGGCCAGUUCCCCUACGUCGGACAUGUAGCGGCCGAGGCGAUGGUUUGUCACGCCGGUCGGUUCCCCAGCCCCGGGGACGUGCUCCUGGAGGUGAACGGUACUCCGGUGAGCGGGCUGACCAAUCGGGACACGCUGGCUGUGGUGCGGCACUUCAGGGAGCCCAUACGACUCAAGACCGUGAAACCAGGUAAAGUGUUGAAUACGGAUUUGCGACACUACCUCAGCCUGCAGUUCCAGAAGGGAUCUUUGGACCACAAGCUCCAGCAAGUGAUCCGAGACAACUUGUACCUGCGGACCAUCCCGUGUACCACUCGACAGCCCAGGGAGGGGGAGGUUCCUGGAGUGGACUAUAACUUCAUCAGUGUUGCAGAGUUCAGGGAGCUGGAGGAGAGCGGCCUGCUGCUGGAGAGUGGAACCUAUGACAGUAACUACUAUGGCACCCCUAAGCCCCCCGCAGAGCCCAGCCCGGUGCAGCCUGACCUGGUGGAUCAGGUGCUCUUCGAUGAGGAGUUUGACACUGAGGUGCAGAGGAAACGCACCACCUCUGUCAGCAAGAUGGACCGAAAAGACAGCGCCGCGCCAGAGGAGGAGGAAGAGGACCCCCCACUGGUCAAUGGACUCACUGAGCACCCAGAGAAGGCGGAGUGGAGGAGGACGGUGCCCAGCUACACUCAGUCUGCGGCCGCCAUGGAGCUCAGAGGGUGGAACCAUCAGGACGAGAACCAGGAACCGCUGCCCAAGAACUGGGAGAUGGCCUACACCGAGACAGGGAUGGUGUACUUCAUAGAUCACAACAGUAAGACCACCACAUGGCUGGACCCUCGGCUCGCACGGAAAGCCAAGCCCCCCGAGAAGUGCGACGAAGGAGAGCUGCCCUACGGCUGGGAGAGAAUUGAAGACCCUCAGUACGGAACCUACUACGUGGACCACAUAAACCAGAAGACUCAGUUUGAAAACCCAGUGAUGGAGGCCAAGAGGAAGACGAGUGGAGAUACACCUACAGGGAUGGUGCCAUUGGCCGCUGCACAGCCAGAAGAGCCGUCCCCUCCUCGUGUGGGUGGGCGGGGCUUCACCAGGGACCCCUCUCAGCUGCAGGGCUCCAUGUUGCACACGUCACUGAGGAAGAGCUCCCAGGGCUUCGGCUUCACCAUCAUCGGAGGAGACCGUCCAGACGAGUUUCUACAGGUCAAGAACGUGCUGCCAGACGGACCUGCUGCACAUGACAACAAGAUCGCCUCAGGCGAUGUGAUUGUGGACAUCAACGGGCUGUGUGUUCUGGGGAAGACUCAUGCAGAUGUGGUGCAGAUGUUUCAGUCCAUCCCCAUAAACCAGUACGUGGACAUGGUUCUGUGCCGGGGCUACCCUCUGCCGGAGGACACCAGCACCGAGGAGGCACACGGGCAGCACGCGUCCAAAGAGCCCUCCCCCUCGCCAAGCUCCACCCCCCAGGACUACAACACUGACGGCAUAGACGGAGCCACACUGUCCAGACAAUCCGCUGCUGCUGUGGCCCCCAUGACCAACGGAGGGCGCCACCACCACCACCACCACCACCACUCGCACCACCACGCCCCGCCCCACAGCGACGGGCCGGACCCCACUCUGCUGCAGCCCGAGCUAGUCAGCGUGCCCCUGGUCAAAGGCCCCGGGGGUUUCGGUUUCGCCAUCGCAGACUGCCCCCUGGGUCAGAAGGUGAAAAUGAUCCUGGAUGCUCAGUGGUGCCGCGGGCUGCUGAAGGGAGACGUGAUCAAAGAGAUAAACAGGCAGAACGUGCAGACCCUCAGUCACUCUCAGGUGGUGGAUAUCCUCAAGGACCUCCCCGUGGGCAGUGAGGUGCAUGUGCUGGUGCUCAGAGGAGGUCAGACCUCUCCAGUCAAGUCUCUAAAACCGGUAAGCAGGGCUUUAAUGUCUCCACACAAAGAUUCCCAACACCCAUAACACCCCCCACAGCACCCCCCACAACACCCCCACCCCACAGUCCUGCCGGUGGCUCAGCCCAUACAGCAGGUGCAGCACGUGCCGAGGCCGGAGACGACCAGCAGCUCGGAGAAUAUAAACCACAUCGAGGUGCCCCCCAUCCCCAUCCAGGUCCCAGUGAACAACCUGCGCUCCGCCUCCCCCAAACCAGACGCCUCCGAGCUCUACCUCAAGUCCAGGGCCAUGCUGGACAGUAAACCUCCAAACACAAAGGACUUGGAUGUUUUUAUCAAAAGGAACCAGGAGUCGGGCUUCGGCUUCAGAGUGCUUGGAGGGGAGGGCCCAGAGCAGCCGGUGUACAUUGGUGCGAUUGUUCCCUUGGGUGCUGCGGAGAAGGAUGGGCGUCUCAGAGCGGGUGACGAGCUGCUGUGUAUAGAUGGAGUCCCGGUCAAAGGAAAGUCCCAUAAACAGGUCCUGGAGCUCAUGACCAAUGCGGCCCGCAACGGACAGGUCAUGCUGACUGUGCGCAGGAAGCUGGUGCAUUCAGAUGGAUCAGCAGAGGAGGACAGUGGAGCUCCUCAGCCCCAGCGCGUGGCCUCUGCUCUGGUCAGCAGUUCACCGGUGGUCCCUCGUGUGGAUGUGUCUAACGUGGCACCCCCCUCUGGACGUCCUGAGAGCUUCGACGUGAACUUGACUCGCAAAGACCAUGAAGGGUUUGGGUUUGUCAUUCUCACCUCCAAGAACAAGCCGCCCCCUGGAGUAAUCCCACACAAAAUCGGACGUAUCAUUGAGGGCAGCCCCACAGACCGCCUGGGCCAGAUGAAAGUGGGAGACAGGAUAUCGGCUGUGAACGGUCAGUCCAUCAUUGACCUCUCUCAUAACGAGAUCGUACAGCUCAUCAAGGAGGCGGGCAACUCCGUCACUCUCACUGUGGUCCCUGAGGAUGAAAGCACUCCUCCGUCUGGUUCAAACUCGGCCAAACACAGCCCCUCGGCUCACCACAGAGCCGUGGGCCAGCAGCCUCCCAGCCACCCAGACAGGAAUGGCGACUCAGAGCUCAAUAACCUCUCAAGAGACACUGGCCAAAUGAUCACAUCAGGCCCCAAACAGGGCUGUUUUGUGGUGGAGCUGGAGCGCAGUCACAGAGGCUUUGGCUUCAGUCUCAGAGGAGGGAAAGAGUACAACAUGGGUCUGUUUAUCCUACGACUCGCUGAGGAUGGACCUGCGCUUAAAGACGGCAGGAUACAUGUUGGAGAUCAGAUAGUUGAGAUAAACGGAGAGGCCACACAGGGCAUCACUCACACCAGAGCCAUCGAGCUGAUCCAAGCCGGAGGCACCAAAGUUCACCUGCUGCUGAGACCAGGCCAGGGCCUAGUGCCCGACCACAGUUCCAAGGACAAAGUAACCACUCAAACCUCAAGCUUCCCCAGACUCUCCACUUCAGAUGGACCUUCCUCUCCAGCCUCUCCCUCCUCUUCCUCCUUCGCCGAACUCUCUCCCAACUCCAAAAUCAAUGACGAAUUCUCCGGAACCCGAUCUAGACAUAACCACACCGCCGUCCCAAGCUCUCCUAACAGAAAAACAACCACCAAACCAGCUAGUCCACAAAAGUAUACCGAAGGCAGAUUUGAGUAUGGGGAACGUUCACACAGUCCGAGAAAAAUGGAAAAACCGAGCGGCUCCUUGGAAGAUGUGACUUCGGAGAGGAGGGAGAGAGGGCAAAAAGAGCGGCGUUCGGCUAGUCCCAGGAAGGGGUCUAAGAACGAAAACGAUCCCCCAAGUCCAAGGCGUCCGGGCGGGCAGCAGCCGUACAGACCCCCCGCGGACGAGUGGAGGUACAGCGAAGAUUUGGAACGCCGAAAGAACAAAAACGCAGAUCCAGAUGUUUAUAGAUCCAGGGAGAGGGUUUCUUCUGAAGGAGAAGGAGGGACGCUUGAGCGUAGAGGGAGGCGAGAGAGAGAAUAUCAGAAUUAUAAUGAAGAGAUAGUUCGGAAAGAGCCAAGAGGGUCAAGCAGUAGCGCCCAGGAUCCGAGCUUGACCAAUGGGAUUACUACAACUACUACUACUGCUACUUCUGCUAGUACUACGAAGAAGGCGCAGAUAACCCCAGGUCCGUGGAAGGUCCCGAGCACUGCGAAAAUUCAGUCCCAAAUGGAUGGAGCCUAUGAAGGAAUCUAAUCUGAGCCUUUUAAA